GAUCAUUAAAUCUUUGAAAAAUGUGAUAGGAGCUGGAGAGAUGGCUCAGUGGUUAAGAGCCUUGGCUGCUCUUGUAGAGGAUCUGGGUUCAAUUUCCCCACAUCUACAUGGAGGGUUACAAUAAUCUGUGACUCAAGUUCAAGGGACCCUGACACCCUGUCUGUGGGCACCAAGCACACACAUACAUGGUGCACAUGCAUACACGAAAGCAAAACACCCACACACAUAAAAUAAAAACAAACCUUUUUAUCUUAAAAAAAAAAUAAAGACAAGGGUACUUCCAAAUUUCACACUCUCUUUACAAAUAUUUCUACUGCUAAGAAAACUGCCAUCAAUGUUCUUGUGAGCUUUGCAGAAUCAGGGGACAGGCCUGUCUUCCACAGACAGCCCUAUUUCCAGCUCUGCUCCACUGCAUGGCAUUUGGAUAGUGUCCCGUCAACGACAGAAUGGUUCUUCAGUGCCACAGCAGGACCAUCUGCCAAUGGUGGUUCUCUCACAGUCACACGAAUGUAUCUAUUAAUUAGACGUUGACUGUUAGAGUUUCCAGGGACACCAGUGUUGAUGAACGCCUUACCUCUGGGUUCCAUUAUCAACAACUGGGUCCUACAAAGCCAACAUGUUUCUGCUUGAGAAAUAUGAGGUCCCAACUUAAUCUUUCUAUUGCCAUGCUUACUGCUAUAUUUUGGUCCUAGUAACUCAACACCUCCCUUCAUUACUAAAAGUUGGACACUGUUGGUCCAUGGAAAGUUAUAGAUAUAUGCACAAAUUUGCCAGUGUAGAGGUCUGGAAAACGGUUCAGUGGGUACUGGCCUACACAGGCGUGAAUAACUAAGUUGAGAUCCCCAACACCCAUGAGAAAGCCAGAAUGGCAGCAUGCUCCUGUAACCCUAGUGAUGGGCAGAGGAUGCACAAGGGGUUCACUGGCUAACCAAUCUAGAUAUAUUGGCCAACACUCUAAGAGACUCUGACCCCAAAGUAAGAUAAAAUAGAGGAAGAAACCUGACUGUGGCCUCCAUAAUCCCACCUGAGCACACAUACACAUCACACACACAACAUGUACAUACCCACCCAAAUUGAUAGUUGUGGCUGUUUCUGCAGUUCAACAAACCCCUGAUGGUGUGGAUUGUAUUUUAUUUACUUACUAUUAGUGAAAGUGACAAGUGGGGGUGCUGAAGUUUCAGAAUGGUGUCCUAAAUCUGACUCCCUGCUAGAUGACUGUUCCUCAUGAGGACCCCUGACUUGUCUGUAGGAAUUGACAAGCUGGGUACAGACGACUUGCCUUCUUUGCUCACAAAUGAACUGCUUGAAGAGUUACCCCGAGAGGAAGCAUGGGCACACUUGGGACUCAGGAUCAGAAGGCACAUUUCAGCACAGUGUGCUGAUAACUCUGCGCAAUGAGGUACUUGAAAGUAGCCCACAGAGUAUGUGGCACACACAAAGGUGUUAAGUAUGACUUAGCAAAGUCACAUUUUAACCUCAGAACUGUGCACAGAGUUCAUGACAAUGCCAAGAAUGAGAGCUGGUGUCCCCAAGGACGGUGCUUACACAAACGUAACACGAAUAUAAAAGGUCUUAUUAAUAAAAACAAACCUGGAGCCACGUAUUGGGGUGAACGCUGAAAGAUCAGAGAUACUGAACAAGGCCCAUUCAACCUCACCUCACCAAUUCCUCAGUUGAUCUUGUUUCCUCAGACUGAAAGCCUCUGAAUCCUCAUCCUAAUGGAUCUCAGCUGAACUGCUGCUAAAAGCUAAAAGCUUAACAAGCCUCUAGUUCCUGGUCCUCACGCCUUAUAUACCUUUCUGCUUCCUGCCAUCACUUCCUGGGAUUAAAGGCAUGUGUCUUUCCCAAACAAGACAUAAGAUCUCAAGUGCUGGGAUUAAAGGUGUGUGUCACCUGGUCUGGCUGUUUCCAGUGUGGUUUUGAACUCACAGAGAUCCGGAUGGAUCUCUGCCUCCCAAGUGAUAGGAUUAAAGGCGUGUGCUACCACUGCCUAAACGUAUGUUUAAUAUAGUGGCUGUUCUGUUCUCUGACCCCCAGAUAAGUUUAUUGGGGUGCACAAUAUACCAACCACACACAAAGGCACUGAAGUCUUCCAUCUCAAGAAGAGCUGAGCUGUGUCUCUUUGGGUGAUAACGCAGAUGAUGGAAUUAAGGUGAAAACCCUUGGAAAGUGGGUUCCAUUUUCACAUCACCAAGAGCCUUCUACCUGGUGAGGAGAGAAGGCUUUCUCCAGAGCAGCAGUGCCCUUGACACUAGGGAACCCCAAGAGUAAUCCUGGCUAGGGGUGCAGCUUGGAAACAGAGUGUGUUCUGAGGGGCAGGUGUCAAUCUCCAGCACCAAAACCUGACAACCAACUUAGACAAUCGGGUGGAAUGCUGCAGAGCCGCACAUCAAAUUAUCGGUAAAACAUUCAAAGCCAGAGUCCUGAGGUGUGAUGCCAGUUGACGCCCACAUGGGACGUGAUUUAGUCUCAAAGAAAGAAGAGGAGGCAGGAGAUGUAACAGAGGAUGACAGAGUGCAGGGCACUUUUACGUGCAAUAUAAUUUACAGCAUUUGCAUUUCAACCAUUUCUUUCUGUUAAACUUCCCAAAGACGCCAUGAUACUGACAGACAUGUAACCCUUUACUCCACUUUUCAAAGUCAUUGAUCCUAAAAUGAACGCAGCUGUGUGAGUAUGACUGCCUCUUACUGUACUUCCCAAUAAACUUAGAGGAAGAAAUCUAAUUCUCGGUGGGCAGUUCCCCUGACUCCGAAGAAACUGAUGUAGCUUUUGAGAGUGAUCAUUUUUUCAAAGAGGGGAAGCCAUUCCUUGGCCUCUGCUCUGGUUUUAUAGCAACAUCCAGCACUUAGAUGUACCAUCCAUAUCUAGUCCUGGGGGACAGGGAGGUUGGUGGGUGAAAGGGAUACAGCACCCUAACAGGAUAGACAAACCAGAGAGGGGGCGAGAUGACCGCUUUCCAAAAUAAAAUGAUGUUUACACAGAGAAUAACACACUUUCUCAUUGGCACGCACCACCUUGACAUUCAUUAAAACCUUCUCCUUUGCUCACUAUGUCACGUUUUCCACCCCUAGUAGUUUAUAGAAAUUUUUACUUUGAAAUGGGGUGGGAACGGGGGGUGGGGGGGUGGAAAGAACCAUCGCCGCCCUAAAAGGAAUGAGGAAGUGAGAGCUGUGUAGUGUCUGGCUGGUUCUCUGUGUGACAGCCCAUGAUGUUCCUUCCGGCCCCGGUAAUAUUCUGAGUUUCCACCUGCCCGCCCCCGCCACUUAUAACGCACAGCACAUGAGUCUGAGGGCUCCAGUGUCGCGUCUGUGGGUGGAUUCCCAGGGCCAGGGUAUCUAUCAUGCUGGGUCUCCUGUUUUCCACAGCUCAUUGGAGGUAAAAGAACUUUGGCUGAAGACCCUCCCGGGGUAAGUACUGUAGAUGAACAGGACAGAACACAAACUGCCUUGAAGGUUGUGGGUCUUGGAUCCCUGAGAUUAUAUGUCACUGAAGGAAAGCUCUGCCGAGAAACAUGUGUCUGUCUUAGAAGGACUCUGAACGCAGAAUGCUCGCCUGCCAUGUGACAGCUGCAAUUUGGGGGCCCAGGAAUUCUGUAAAUGUUGGAUUUGGUUUCUGUAUGCCGUAACUAGUAUCCUAGAAAUAAAUUUCUUUCUAACUUGGGUUUAGAUGAGAGUGCAGAGCAUUUAAUAUACGACGUAUGAGCUCUCAAAAAAAAAAAGUGCUAGUUGCUAUAAUUGUACUCAGAUUCUCCUGAUGAGAAUGUAAUUACGGACAACAAAGUAAGUUUCUGAGUGGUAAAGGCAUCUGGCUUAAGGAAUUUAGGAAUAACUUUCUCAGAUGCUGUUCUUAAUCAUUUAGUAAGAAAGAGUGAUUUCUAUCUUAUUUCAUGGAAACCUAGGAAUAUUUAUUUCAUUUGGAUAAAAUAAAUGCAAAUGAAAAGUUGGAUGAGAUUCUCCUGCUGCUCUCAGUGGGAGGCUGGCUUUAAAUUAAAACUUUUCUAUCCAGUAGCUCUACGCUCAGGGCGCUGUUGUUGUUGUUGUUGUUUUGGCAAUCUGACUCUGACAUUUGACUGGCUAUUCUAUUUUAUAACUCUUUUCCUUUAUGAUGUAUUGUGGACAGAAUCGAAGCCGCCUGCUAGUGAAACGCCCCCUUGGACUGUCAGCCCCAACCCCAAUGAAGUUGACAAGCAGUCUGGAGUCAAAAACACUUAAUGCCAAUAACAUGGAGACAUUGAUUGAAUGUCAGUCAGAGGGUGAUAUCAAGGCCCUUCCGCUGUUGACAUCAUGUGAGAGUGAAGACAGCAUCUGCCAGCUAAUUGAAGUUAAGAAGAGAAAGAAAGUGCUGUCCUGGCCCUCUCUCAUGAGAAAGCUCUCUCCUUCGUCUGACUUCCCUGGUUCAUUGGAACCAGAGUUGAAGGUGUCACUGUUCGAUCAACCCUUGUCAAUCAUCUGUGGGGAAAACGACACACUCCCCAGGCCCAUCCAGGACAUCCUCACCAUCCUCUGCCUUAAAGGCCCUUCAACCGAAGGAAUAUUCAGGAAAGCUGCCAGCGAGAAGGCCCGCAAGGAGCUGAAGGAAGAACUGAACUGUGGGUGCCCAGUGAACCUGAACCAGCUGCCGGUGCACCUGCUGGCUGUGGUCUUCAAGGACUUCCUCCGAGGAAUCCCCCUGAAGCUCCUCUCCUGUGACCUCUUCCAGGAGUGGAUGGACGCCCUGGAGAAGCCCAACGAGGAGGACAGAAUCGAGGCCCUAAAACAGGUUGCGGAUCGCCUCCCCAGGCCCAACCUUCUACUGCUCAGGCACUUGGUCUCCGUGCUGCACCUGAUCAGCAAGAAUGCUGAGGUCAACAAGAUGGACUCCAGCAACCUAGCCAUCUGCAUCGGGCCCAACAUGCUUGCUCUGAAGAAUGACCAGAGCCUGUCCUUCCAGGCCCAGAAGGACCUGAACAAUAAGGUUAAGACAUUGGUGGAAUUCCUCAUUGACAACUGCUUUGAAAUAUUUGGGGAGAACAUGCCGACACAUUCCCGCAUCACUUCUGAUGACUCCCUGGAACACACUGACAGUUCAGAUGUGUCAACUCUGCAGAAUGACUCAGCUUACGACAGCAAUGACCCAGACGUGGAGCCCAUGAGUGCCACCACUUCUCCCAGCAGGCAGCUGGAGGGGCCCGCUGGCCUGGAUAACCGGGGCCCACAGGACACCUGUGAGUCAAGCUCAGAACCCAUUGCUGGCAUGGUAGCCAGGCUGAAAAGCUCCAUUGGCCAGCAAGAUAGGCGGUUCUCUGAACCCAACAUGUCACCCUCACAAGAGUGCCUCAUGGGCCAAAUGAGAAAACAAAAGCUAACCAAGAGUGAGGAUAACUUCACCAUGCCCCAGGAAGCCUCUUGUUUGGAGGGUGAUGAGGCUGAAGAUCCGUUUACAGAGGAAGUCUUCCCGGCAGCUGAAGGCAAGCCCAAGAGACCAGUGGAUUUAAAGAUAAAGAACUUGACCCAAGGUGUAGCAACAUCACAGGGACUGGUACCCAAAGCAUUUUCCAGAGUCUCCCCAGGUAAAUCUUUGGACAGCUCACCUCUGCCUUCUCCGUCCUGUCCCAAAAGAAACUUCUUCACCAGACACCAGAGCUUCACCACAAAGACAGACAAGAUCAAACCCCAGAGAGAAAUUAGAAAGCAUUCCAUGUCAUUUUCCUUUACGUCUCACAAAAAAGUGCUGCCCGGGACCUCCAGCAUGGGGUCUGAGAAAUCCAAAGACUUUUCUAGAGACCAAAUCAGGAAGGGUUUCAGAAAAGAAAGCCAGCUUGCUGGCAGAAUCAUCCAGGAAAAUGAGUCAGAAAUCCAAAGCCAAACAACUCUGGGCUUUAGCUUGUCUAGAACCUGGGCCCUCUCAGUUGAUAACGUGUUCCAAAUAGUGGAUGUGAGGAAGCCAGGAAGUCCACCAUCGUACGAAGAGGCCAUUCAUUACCAGGCACCUGGACUCACAGCCUACGGUGGCCAGACGGUUGCCAGUAUGAGAGCGAGAAUGCUCAAAUGGAACACAGCUCUGCCUUCUCACCUUGGAGUUGACCACAGUGAAGGGACACCUGGUGGACACAGAUUGUCUCCCAUGACUGAGCACUGGAAACAGAGUCAGACUGUCUGUGUCUCUGUGGAAACUCGGGGGAGAUCUGAGCUGCACCAACUGAGGACCGUGUCUGAAUCCAUGCAGGAGGCUAAGUUGGACUGUCUCAGGCAACAACACAUGGUCUUUGAGGUUGACCAACUCCAGUGUGCUAAAGAAUCCUACAUUUAGGAAAGGAGACCUUGUACCAUGGCUAACUUGUGGUGUAUGUGAAUAUAUUUCUGCACAGAGAACUAUCAAUUCUACUCUCCAAAAAGUCAUGAAUAAGCUCAUUCAGAAUGUUGUGUAGAGCUCUCCUCUGUGAGGAUGGCUUACACAGCGACACGUCAGAUUGUGUGUAUAUCUGGGUUUGUGCAAUAUGUGGUAAAUGUCUAAAAUGUACUAUAGACAAGGUGUUAGAUGAAAGGGGUGUCGUCUACAUACACCCGUGCAUGCAUGCAUUUAUGUAUUCUCUAUAUAUUGCUGGUUUUCAUCCCCAGGUGCAUGUUUCUACUAUCUUUACUUUUCUUAGUUACCUCAAAUGUCUUGCCAGUGUUCACAUUUUCCAAGAGCUGUGUGUAGGUAGAAAUGUCGGAACCUCUCAUGUAAGUCGGUUUUCCUAAGCAGGCUUCUGACAACUAACUAGCAUAGUGGAAGGAAGUACACGGAAAGACACUAUGCACCACGUGGGAGCUGUCAGAGGCUGGGGGGAGGUCUUUCAAUAUCUAACGGAAUGUGGGCGGAGCGGUGGAAAUGAGUUGUGUCAGUAUUAACUCGAGCAGAGCACUUUGAGCCUCUGCAGUUCAGUGGUGUCUUGUGCAACAGUGUGGAGUAAAGUGAUGUUGUGUUCAUUGAGGGGUCAUGUAUAAAACUUCAGUGCAGUUUCACUACAAUAAACUGCCUUCCUCCUUUA